AUGGGCACCGCCGCCCGAGACCUGCGGGAAGGGAUGCGGCCGGGAGAUCCGCGGCUGUGUUGUGCUGUGUUGUGUUGUGCUGUGCUGUGUUGUGUUGUGCUGUGUUGUGCUGUGUUGUGCUGUGUUGUGCUGUGCUGUGUUGUGUUGUGUUGUGCUGUGUUGUGCUGUGUUGUGUUGUGCUGUGUUGUGUUGUGUUGUGUUGUGCUGUGCUGUGCUGUGUUGUGUUGUGCUGUGUUGUGCUGUGUUGUGCUGUGCUGUGCUGUGUUGUGUUGUGCUGUGUUGUGCUGUGUUGUGCUGUGUUGUGCUGUGCUGUGUUGUGUUGUGUUGUGCUGUGUUGUGCUGUGUUGUGUUGUGCUGUGUUGUGUUGUGUUGUGUUGUGCUGUGUUGUGUUGUGCUGUGUUGUGUUGUGCUGUGCUGUGUUGUGCUGUGUUGUGUUGUGUUGCGUUGUGCUGCGUUGUGCUGUGUUGUGUUGUGCUGUGUUGUGUUGUGCUGUGCUGUGCUGUGUUGUGUUGUGUUGUGUUGUGUUGUGCUGUGUUGUGUUGUGCUGUGUUGUGUUGUGCUGUGUUGUGUUGUGUUGUGCUGUGUUGUGCUGUGUUGUGCUGUGUUGUGUUGUGUUGUGUUGUGCUGUGUUGUGCUGUGUUGUGCUGUGUUGUGCUGUGUUGUGUUGUGCUGUGCUGUGUUGUGCUGUGUUGUGCUGUGUUGUGUUGUGCUGUGUUGUGUUGUGCUGUGUUGUGUUGUGUUGUGUUGUGCUGUGCUGUGUUGUGCUGUGUUGUGCUGUGUUGUGUUGUGCUGUGUUGUGUUGUGCUGUGCUGUGUUGUGCUGUGUUGUGCUGUGUUGUGUUGUGUUGCGUUGUGCUGCGAUGUGCUGUGUUGUGUUGUGCUGUGUUGUGUUGUGCUGUGUUGUGUUGUGCUGUGUUGUGCUGUGUUGUGUUGUGCUGUGUUGUGCUGUGCUGUGUUGUGCUGUGUUGUGUUGUGCUGUGCUGUGUUGUGCUGUGUUGUGCUGUGUUGUGCUGUGUUGUGCUGUGCUGUGUUGUGCUGUGUUGUGCUGUGUUGUGUUGUGCUGUGUUGUGCUGUGUGGUGUUGUGCUGUGUUGUGUUGUGCUGUGCUGUGCUGUGUUGUGUUGUGCUGUGUUGUGUUGUGCUGUGUUGUGUUGUGCUGUGUUGUGCUGUGUUGUGUUGUGUUGUGCUGUGUCGUGCUGUGUUGUGCUGUGUUGUGUUGUGCUGUGUUGUGUUGUGCUGUGUUGUGCUGUGUUGUGUUGUGCUGUGUUGUGUUGUGCUGUGUUGUGUUGUGCUGUGUUGUGCUGUGCUGUGUUGUGCUGUGUUGUGCUGUGUUGUGUUGUGCUGUGUUGUGCUGUGUUGUGUUGUGUUGUGCUGUGUUGUGUUGUGCUGUGUUGUGUUGUGUUGUGCUGUGCUGUGUUGUGUUGUGCUGUGUUGUGUUGUGUUGUGCUGUGCUGUGUUGUGCUGUGUUGUGUUGUGUUGUGCUGUGUUGUGUUGUGCUGUGUUGUGCUGUGUUGUGUUGUGUUGUGCUGUGUUGUGCUGUGUUGUGUUGUGCUGUGUUGUGCUGUGCUGUGCUGUGUUGUGUUGUGCUGUGUUGUGUUGUGCUGUGUUGUGCUGUGUGGUUGUGUUGUGUUGUGCUGUGUUGUGCUGUGUUGUGUUGUGCUGUGUUGUGCUGUGCUGUGCUGUGCUGUGUUGUGCUGUGUUGUGUUGUGUUGUGUUGUGCUGUGUUGUGUUGUGCUGUGUUGUGUUGUGUUGUGCUGUGUUGUGUUGUGCUGUGUUGUGCUGUGUUGUGUUGUGUUGUGCUGUGUUGUGCUGUGUUGUGUUGUGUUGUGCUGUGUUGUGCUGUGCUGUGCUGUGUUGUGUUGUGCUGUGUUGUGUUGUGCUGUGUUGUGCUGUGUUGUGUUGUGUUGUGUUGUGCUGUGUUGUGUUGUGCUGUGUUGUGUUGUGCUGUGCUGUGCUGUGCUGUGUUGUGCUGUGUUGUGUUGUGUUGUGCUGUGUUGUGCUGUGUUGUGUUGUGCUGUGCUGUGUUGUGCUGUGUUGUGCUGUGUUGUGUUGUGUUGUGUUGUGCUGUGUUGUGCUGUGUUGUGUUGUGUUGUGCUGUGUUGUGUUGUGCUGUGUUGUGUUGUGCUGUGUUGUGUUGUGCUGUGUUGUGUUGUGUUGUGUUGUGUUGUGCUGUGUUGUGCUGUGUUGUGUUGUGUUGUGCUGUGUUGUGUUGUGCUGUGUUGUGUUGUGCUGUGUUGUGCUGUGUUGUGUUGUGUUGUGCUGUGUUGUGCUGUGUUGUGUUGUGUUGUGCUGUGUUGUGCUGUGUUGUGUUGUGUUGUGCUGUGUUGUGUUGUGUUGUGCAGUGCUGUGUUGUGCUGUGAUGUGCUGUGUUGUGUUGUGCUGUGCUGUGUUGUGCUGUGUUGUGCUGUGCUGUGUUGUGUUGUGCUGUGUUGUGCUGUGUUGUGUUGUGUUGUGCUGUGUUGUGUU